AGUAACAAAAAAAGUCACUUGUGCAUAGUGAAAGAAGUAAUCAUUGCUACUAUUGAACCUGCUUUGAAAAUACUGAUAUCCAGGAAGCCCAGAUUAAUAUCUGUACAUAUUAGACUACAUAUCCAAUCUGCCCAGGCACGUAUCUUUUACAAGUGGAUUAAUAUCCACAUCAUAACAAAAAAAUAUAAUGGAAUCACAUGUCAAUAUCAUAUCACAAUAGACCACUCUCGAACCACCCUACAUUUUACUCAUAACCAUGAGUAAUAUUAUCAUCCAAAUCACUAAGAUGGUAAUCCGGUUGAGUAUUGUUGUCCGGCGUGACCACUUCAACUUAUUUCAUUAUCUUCUUAUAGACAUGUUUCUUUCGACGGCGUUCCUUUUCAUUCGUAGACUGAUAAGGUUCUUUACACUGGCUCCUUGGAUUACUCCUCCUUCAAAGUCAUCCAAGUUAUCGGUUUAUUUCGUCCUACAAUGUUAGAGAACUUAGUAAAUACAAUGAUAUUAAACUCUAACAAUUUACAAAUGAUAUUAAUGAAUACACUUACUGUCAUCGCUAGUUAUAGUCUUUGACAAUGCCUUGUUUGUCUCAUUGCAUAGUUUCUUGAGUACUCCCAUCCACUUAUUGUAGUCUUUCUCGUCGGGCAUUGAUAUGUUCGUUGCUAGCUGAUUCAACAUUGCAGUGGUUUCUCGGUACCGCAUUGCUAUACCUUUUCUCGCAUCAUUUUCACUGGCAGCUGAAGGACCAACAAAACCAUUGACAUCAACAACCUCUUUCUUUCUCGCCUCCAACGUCUAUCGCUUGAGUAUGUAAUGAUAUGGAAUACUUCUCAUACUGGCUUCCCCAAAAUCUCUCAGAAGCCGCAUCACCUUAAUCAUGUGGCAGCAUAACACUCUCGAAACUUAUGAACAUCCUGCAUUCGCAUACCAAUGUCCUCGUAGAAAUAUCAACGAGAACGACACGCUUAUCACUACGCUCACAAUCCUCUAUCAUAUAUGUGUGGUAGCCAAUCAUGUCAUCAUCCCUAGUAUCUGAGAGCGUUUCCAUUAGAUAGGAUUCAGUUUUCAAAUACUGCUCCAGUAUCGGGAGCGGAUCAGGUCAGUAACCCUUAUGGUGAGUAAUCAUCAGUAACCUGUCCACAUCCGCAUGACAUCAGCACCCCCUCUCUCAUGGAAUGUCUUUUAACUUUUCCUCUUUAAUCUUUAACGGACGAUUUCUUUCUCGUUUUAAGUCGAAAUUUAAAUUUUUUUGCACAGAUAAAUCAGAUUAAAUGUGCUCUUUAAAAUUAUAUCUACUUUGAUAUAUUUUUAGUACAAAAAAAUUGAAUAAUUUUUUACCAGUCAUUACCAUACGGUAUGCUCAUAUUUAAUACCAUAUGGUAAGAAAACGUACAAUGAUGGUAUGAACAUACCAAUAUGGUAAGAAGGUUGAAUACAUGAUAGUAGGAGUAUACUAAAUGUCAUUUACGACUUCCAUCAUUGUUUACCAUAAGUUACCACCCACAUACCAUAGUGGUAAAGUAUGGUAAAUUUUUGUCUAGUAUUUUUUCAUCUAGAAAUUGUAGAUCUAAUAGAUCAUGAUGAACUCGUUCCUUCUGAGCAAACGUUUUCAAAAAGGACUUAAAAACGAAGAAGGUACCAUAUGGUAUGUAAUUGGUAAAAAAAAGUUUCUCAAAAUAUAUUGAAAAUUAAUCUCAUUUUGUAGAGCACAACGAACUCGUUCCAUGUGUGCAAGAAAAAUUGAUAUCCGAGUUAAAAACGAAGAAGAUAUGAGCGGAUUAUGAAAACUAGGGAAAAUAAAAUGUCUUUAAUUGACAAUCCUUAGAUCUGAAUUUUCUGGACCCACUUAGAUCUAAAGGUCCAGAUUUAGUUACUCAUAGGUUAGUAACCAAUGGUUACUCACCCUAUCGUAAGCCUCCUGUAUCUGAUUGAAGAUGUCAGAAGUAAAGAUCUUUGCCGCAUGUUGUAGGAUCGUGCUGUGCUCCAACAUUAUAUAGGGAACAGAUUGUUUCCCAUUUUAGCCUGAAUCAAUCUCCUUGCGUCUUUUUUCAGCCAACAAACUACAUUUAGAAAGCACGAGAAAAGAGUUUAGUGCCCAGACUAGUAUCAAUAUCCCAACAACACAAAAUAAUAUUUACCAAAAGCAUAUUAAUAUUCAGAUGACAAAGAAUAAUAUCCACAACUGACAAGCUAAUAUCAAAGAAAGGCAAAAAAUAUACUGCGUAAGUACCUGCUAAAGUGAAUGAAAAACAUGUGCAUUGCACGACUCGGUUUCAAGAAAAGUCGCACUUGUGCAUUGCACGACUCGCUGGCUUGCGUAGUCAACAUCCCUGCUCUGAAUUGAUCUCUCAACCAUAAGGAACACCAUUGAUGACGAAAUUUCUUCAAAUAUUCCAACCAUGAGUGACCGUCCACAAUUUCGCUAUUAGGGAAACAAUUAGCAACCAUUGUGCUCCAUGCCAUGUCGAACUCUCCCUCACUGUCAAUGUCGUAGAAAAUAAAAGAAAUAUGAGUUUGGAACUUCUUCCAAAAUACCUUGUCCUUACGAAGAUGCUUCUUGGAAUUCAUGAGGAUGUGCCAAGUACAGAGGGCAUGAAACACAAUAGACCACUCCUUUCUAAAGGCAGCUUCCAUGGCGGUGUCCUGAUCCGUAAAAAUAGUCAAUGUGAGCUUCUUCUUCAUGCACCGACUAAAUGCAACAAACAACCAUUCAAAAGACGUUGUGGUCUCAUCAUACAUCAAACAAGCACCAAACACACAAGUUGACGGUGGUGAUUGAAAAAACUCAAGAGAAUUAGGUGAUUACUCUCCUACUAUUAUUGUUUCAUGGGCCUUCGGCCCGUGGGCCCUCGGAGGGCAGCCCUAACUAAGGUUGCAAGCCUUAUGUGUUAGGACUUGCUAGUGUGCCAACAAAUGUCAACAAAUAUAUGUAAAUCUCAUACUAGUAUCUCAUAAUGACGGACUAAUAUCCGUCAUGUUACAAAAGAAGCCAUGAUGCUUGUCCUUUUGGUCCUCAAAGUAGUCAUGCAAAUAAGUCGCUUCGCCAUGAGCCAUUUUCCUUUGCCUUUUACUAUUCAAGUGGUUCUUCUGAUUGGAUGGUAAAAAUCAUAUUUCGAUAGCCACCAGCACAGUCAGCCAAUAACUGAUACGAUGCACUAUGACUCAUCCUAGCAUCGCGAUUAGCUCCGACCAUCUUUCUCUAAGCAUCACUCAUGCAUUUGUUAGAGUUGUGCAAGUGCAUAUGCUCGGUAGAGUGCAAAUCAUGAUCAUGGGUUUCUACGAAUUCAUACACCACAAAUCUGUCCCUACUAGCAUCCCAUCAAAAACGAACACGGGCGGGACAUCCCUAAAAGUAAGAGGCCUCGAGUUAGGGAUGGAUGUCCCGCCCGUGUUCGUUUUCGAUGGGAUGCUAGUAGGGACAGAUUUGUGGUGUAUGAAUUCGUAGAAACCCAUGGUCAUGAUUUGCACUCUAUCGAGCAUAUGCACUUGCACAACUCCAACAAAUGCAUGAGUGAUGCUUAAAGAAAGAUGGUCGAAGCUAAUCGCGAUGUUGGGAUGAGUCUUAGUGCAUCGUAUCAGUUAUUGGCUGACUGUUCUGGUGGCUAUCGAAAUCUGACUUUUACCAUCCGAUCUGAAGAACCACUUGAACAGUAAAAGGCAAAGGAAAAUGGCUCAUGGCGAAGCGACUUAUUUGCUUGACUACUUUAAGGACAAAAAGGACAAGCAUCAUGGCUUCUUUUGUAACAGGACGUAUAUUAGUCCAUCAUUAUGAGAUACUAGUAUGAGAUUUACAGAUAUUUGUUGACAUGUGUUGGCACACUAGCAAGUCCUAACACAUAAGGCUUGCAACCUUAGUUAGGGCUGCCCUCCGAGGGCCCACGGGCCGAAGGCCCAUGAAACAAUAAUAGUAGGAGAGUAAUCACCUAAUUCCCUUGAGUUUUUACAAUCACCACCGUCAACUUGUGUGUUUGGUGCUUGUUUGAUGUAUGAUGAGACUACAACGUCUUUUGAAUGGUUGUUGGUUGCAUUUAGUCGGUGCAUGAAGAAAAAGCUCAUAGUGACUAUUUUUACGGAUCAGGACACCGCCAUGGAAGCUGCCUUUAGAAAGGAGUGGUGUACUGUGUUUCAUGCCCUCUGUACUUGGCACAUCCUCAUGAAUGCCAAGAAGCAUCUUCGUAAGGACAAUGUAUUUUGGAAGAAGUUCCAAACUCAUCUUUCUUUUACUUUCUACGACAUUGACAGUGAGGGAGAGUUCGACAUGGCAUGGAGCACAAUAGUUACUAAUUGUUUCCCUAAUAGCGAAAUUGUGGACGGUCACUCAUGGUUGGAAUAUUUGAAGAAAUUUCGUCAUCAUUGAUGUUCCUUAUGGUUGAGAGAUCAAUUCAGAGUCGGGAUGUUGACUACGCAAGCCAACGAGUCGUGCAAUGCACAAGUGCGACUUUUCUUGAAACCGAGUUGUGCAAUGCACAUGUUUUUCAUUCACUUAAGCAGGUAUGUACGCAGUAUAUUUUUUGCCUUUCUUUGAUAUUAGCUUUUCAGUUCUGGAUAUUAUUCUUUGUCAUUUGAAUAUUAAUAUUCUUUUGUUAAAUAUUAUUUUGUGUUGGGAUAUUGGUACUAGUCUAAGUGGAUAUUAGUCUGGGCACUAAACUCUUUUCUCGUGCUUUCUAAAUGUAGUUUGUUGGCUGAAAAAAGACGCAAGGAGACUGAUUCAGGCUAAAAUGGGGAACAAUCUGUUCCCAAUAUAAUGUUGGAGCACAGCACGAUCCUACAACAUGCGGCAAAGAUCUUUACUUCUAACAUCUUCAAUCGGAUACAGGAGUCUUAGGAUAGGGUGAAUAACCAUUGGUUACUAACCUAUGAGUAACUAAAUCUGGCCCUUUAGAUCUAAGUGGGCCUAGAAAAUUCAGAUUUAAGGGUUGUCAAUUAAAGACAUUUUAUUUUCCUUAGUUUUCAUAAUCGGGUCAUAUCUUCUUCGUUUUAACUCGGAUUUCAAUUUUUUUUUGCACACAUGGAACGAGUUUGUUGUGCUCUACAAAAUGAGAUCAAUUUUCAAUAUAUUUUGAGAAACUUUUUUUUUUACCAAUUACAUACCAUAUGGUAACUUCUUCGUUUUUAAGUCGUUUUUUAAAACGUUUGCUCAGAAUGAACGAGUUCAUCAUGAUCUAUUAGAUCUACCAUUUCUGGAUGAAAAAAGACUAGACCAAAAAUUACCAUACUUUACCACUAUGGUAUGUGGGUGGUAACUUAUGGUAAACAAUGAUGGAAGUCGUAAAUGACAUUUAGUAUACUCCUACUAUCAUGUAUUCAACCUUCUUACCAUAUUGGUAUGUUCAUACCAUCAUGGUACGUUUUCUUAACAUAUGGUAUUAAAUAUGAGCAUACCAU